UCAAAUAGCCCAAACCGGGUCUAAAGAAAAAAGAAGAAAAAUCUUCCAGUUUUUUUUCCCUCUCUCUCUUUCUUCUAGAUUCCUCUGCUCCUUACAGUUUUUUAAUCUGACAACAACAAUGGCGGCUUCUACUAGGAGGUCAAGCGGACCGGUAAUGCGUUCACUUUCACCGGCCGGAAAAUUCUAUUCACCUAGCCAGAGGAAUUCGUCGUUUUCGUCGACGUCUUCUGCUUUUGCUUCCUCAACUUCCGGUUUUUCCACCGGUUCACACGCUAUUCUCCACAGAUCUACGUCUCCGAAUCGUGUGAAUUUAUACAGCUCUAGGUCGUCGUCUCCGGCGUCCUCUAUACGGUUCUCUCUGGACCGUUCUACUUCACCGAGCCGGUCUAUUUCUGCUGUGAACCGGAACCACGUGGUGCAGAACCGGAGUCAGAAGAAGUCGUGUAUGUGCUCACCGACGACACAUCCAGGUUCGUUCCGAUGUAGUCUACAUAAGAAUAGGAGUGGUUCAGGUUCAACCGGUAGCCGUACGGCGGCUACCUACAGUCCGAAUCAGUUGAUUUUGAGGCGGUCCGCGAUGACGAACUCGCUCGUGAGAAUCGGAACAGUAGAAGGUGAUUUGGUGAAAAGAGCUUUGGCAGCUUUGAUUCGUCCUUCUUCUCAUCAACAACGCCGCCGAGCUGAUUUCCAGCGUAGACCUAGCCGGCUCUCCGCCAUGUCCAAAGCCGAUGAUUCGUAAGGCAAAUUAGCGAUGGAGAAGGACUCAGUGGAGGUCCGAACGGAACGGUUUUUUGUGUACUCCGGUGGCCGAAACCCUAAGAUCCGACUGUAUAUAGACUCUGAUAGUUAAAUAUUUUAAUUUUUUUUCUAUUAACAUAAACUAAAUCAUGAAAUUUUGGCGUUGCUGUUCAUGAAA